AUGGAAGAAUCAGCUGGAGAAAUCAUAUGGCUGCAAGUCGGUUGAAAUCCAAAACGUUUCUGCUAGAUUGUAAAAUUUUAUGAGUUAAGCAUGUUUUUCUUGAAAUUUUUGUUAUUUACUAAUUUAAGAUGACCUAUUAGAUGAGAAAUUACUAAUUUUGCUUUCCUGUUUUUUUGACAAACUAUUCGAAACACUACAAUGGCUUUACUUGGUACUCAACUAGUUGUAACACUGGUUAUGGUCAGUAUUAUCCAGAAACUGGGACCUCAUUACUCACUAGCAAGAUGGCUUCUCUGCUCCACAGGAUUAAUACGAUUUCUCUAUCCCACAAACGAUGAGCUGAAAACGUUAGCAUCAAUACCGAAAGAGAAGAAGUCGAAUAAAAAAGACAGAAGACAUCAUGAAAAUGGUAGAACGCAGACUUAUGAAACAUUCCACGUUCCUAGAUCACUCGAUUUACAGUUGGAAACUGCAAAGGUGACUGCACUGGAUGUGAUUCAUUUGCGCUACUAUGCCGAGUACCAAUGGCUGAUAGACUUUGCCCUCUACUCUCUCUUUGUCUUCAUCAUCACUGAGAUCUACACAGCCUUUGUACCAUUGAAAGAUGAAGUCAACCUGAGUAUGCUAUGGUGCAUGCUGGUCAUAGCAUUCACAUUUAAAAUCCUGCUUUCGCUGACGGUGCAAUACUUCAAGGGCUCAGAGUCGGUAGGCGAGAGGUCGACAGUGAUUGUGACAGCUUUCGCCUAUCUGCUGGUGGCGAUGGUGGUGCUAAUUGUGGACGAACGCAAUCUGGAGACUGGACUGGAAACGGCCUACACCAGCUUCAACGAGAGUGCGUCCGUGUUUCUCGAGAACCAUGGCUUGGAUUCGCAAGGCCCAGCAUCGAAGUUGGUGUUGAAGUUCUUCCUGGCUCUGUGGUGCGCCCUUGUUGGAGCUCUCUUCACGUUUCCAGGCCUCAGGAUGGCUCGCAUGCACUGGGACUCACUCAAGUACUGCAGCGAGCAACGCCUGCUGAAACUGGCGCUGAACAUAAGUUUCGCGUCGCCGUUCCUGCUGACGCUGCUGUGGGCGCCGGUGUCACGUGACUACCUGACCCGGCAGCUGAUGACGUCACAGGCGUUCGAGGCACUGCGUCUGUGGCUGGUGGUGGCCGCCAUCUUGCAUCGGGUGGCCCUCAUGCCGCCCUAUCUGCAGGCCUACCUCAACCUCGCCUACAAUCGGGUGCAGGAACAGAAGAGGGAGGCUGGAAGGAUCACUAACAUAGAGCUGCAGCGCAAGAUUGCUGGUGUAUUCCAUUACCUGUGCGUGGUGGCCUUACAGUACACGGCACCUCUGCUCUUAUGUUUAUUUUUCACGUUAAUAUACAAGACAUUAGGCGAAUACACAUGGAGUGGCAUAUUUUUCGAUGUCCCUGAAGCAGAGUGCCCCCUGACUGGGGCACCCCCUCCUGCCGCCUCCUCACUGCCUGAGGCCGAGUCCCUCCUCUCAUCGGCACAACAGUUCACGCUCACUCUCGAUUCGCUCAAACAGGUUUUUACUCGUGAAGUGUACAGAGGAGUGUUCGGAUUUGCGACUUGGUGGACUUGUUUCGUAUGGUUCACAUCCAGUGCAUUAGGAAUGGUCUAUCAGUCGUACUUUGCUCACGUAUAAACAUUUAUUUUUUUGAAUUUGUGCUAAUUUUACCAACUUGGAACUCAGGUAGUAGUGUAUAGAAAUAACAGCAUAAUAUUAAGUUUCCCGAUGAACCAAAGAGUUUGUACAAGACAGAUACCGCGUCAGUAUCGUGUAUAAAUUUGGAUGAUAGCCAUUAGGGGGACUUGUGAUGGGUACGCUAAACUUUCAGUUCCGGCUGAUAUAAUAAUUAUACUGUAUAACAGUAAGUUGUGACGGAUUAAAUUAUAUAUUCAGACUAGAUGAAAACUUUCUGUAAGGGACUCCUCACUAAAAAAAAAGCAAUACGAAUUAUUUCGAAUAUUUCUAGGUGAACUUGUAAUCUUUGUGACAUAUUUAAAGCUCUGAACUGAAUAACUAACCGGAGUUGGCACUAAUUGAAGCACCGUACUGUACCUUUGAAUUUUAGAAAAUGACAUUUUAUAAUUUAUUUCCUCAUAAUAAUAUUGCCAAUCGAACAAAAUUAGUAGGAGCACUGGUCUGGUAAUUUAGCCCUUUGGUGAAAUUCAGAUUCACUUUCAACUGUCAGCAUUUGUUGUAUGGGAAUAGUGACUCACUAUAACUACUGCUGCCUCCAGUUAGUUAUUUUACUCAAUAAUUUGAAGAGUUUUGCAAAUGGAUUCAUUGAGGAAUAAGUGUUCUGAACUAUGUCAUGUCGUUCUGGACAUUUACCAUUGUACAUGGUAUUUUAUAAUCUUUAUUUAACUAAAUUUAUCGUAUUUAUAUGUUUUGUUUUUCUUGAGAAUUUCCUAGAAUUCUCCAGUACAGUCUUUAGUUUAUUGUCAUUGGCUUUUUUUGAUUCAAGAUUACACCUUUGAGUUUUUUCAUUCAGGUUCAAUUCACUAGAUUUUAUAUUAGUUAUUACAUAUCAAUCUGAGUUUAAGUGGAAAUGAUUUUGUGUUAGUAAUAAUAUUGAAACGAAUUGAGAUUAUCUCAAUAACUAUUUAUUAAAAAUAUUAAUUAUUAAUAAAUAAGUGGUUGUGACAAUUUCAAGUCGUUUUGUUUAAUAGUUACAUAUUAUAGUAAAUUGUUCACAAGGGCUUCCAUUUUCUUGCAGGGGUUGAUGGGGUUGAAACUUGGGAUUGUGCGUGGGUUUUGGGAAGGAUGUUUAAAGAAAUGCAUGGACCUACUAACAGUCUCAAGUGGGUUCCGAUUCAGAUGAAAAGGCGCUAAUUGUUAAUUUCUAUUUACAGCAAUAUGAAGUUAUAAUGUUUAGUUAUUAAUGCUCUGAUUAAAAUUGCUUUUUAUUUUUCUACAAAAAAAUGUCUUAUUCAGAUAAGUUGGUCUUCAAUAUUAAACAGUUGGCAUGAAUGAAGGGUUUGAAAAUAGACUAUCUCUAUCUCAACUUAUUCAUUGAAUUGUAUCAUAAAAUGUAUUAUGUUUUUAUCAUAAUUAGUACCAUACUGUAUUAAUUAUCACAAUCCAAGACUAGUCUAAAGAUAAGAAUAAUCUAAGUAACCUACCGUACUGUACAAUUGCAAUUUUGAAUUUUGAUUCAAUAAUUUCAAUCCAGUGUUGUUUUAUUAUAGAAUAGAUCACUUAUUUUUACAGGAUAACUUCCACUAUGAAUUAUUUAAUAUUCUUUCUGUUGCAUAUUAUAUUUGUUAUUCGAAAAGUUAUCUUUCAUCUCAUUAGAUUAAGCUUAUCUGUUCAAUUUGUUUGAUUUAGUUGUUUAUGAGCUAUUUUGCUUCAAAUUGUGUGCCGUUCAUUAUUAUAGUUUAGUUAUUGUUUUAAUGGCGUUGCGCUUUUGGAUUGUUUAUAGAUUUUAAUAAAAAAAAGACUGUUUAUGGAAA